UUGUUUGGUUCAUGUGUGCGGGAAAAUAUAUUUGACCUAAAAAUAAUGUGAGAAUUUCAGCAAAGCACCGUUAUUUUGUUUGCGGAAAGUGGGAUUUAUUCAGAACAGUUCUGACAGUGUCUCCAAAGCAGAAGACAUUCAGAAUGGAUGAUGAUGACUACCGCACAGAAAGUGAAGUGGAGUAUGACAGUGAUCAUGAUGACCAAGAAGCUGAACAGGAACUAGGACAAUGGAUAGGACAGCUGGAAUCCCUCAAAAUGGAAGAUCAACAUCCGCCACACAAGUGUUUGGAGCCAGGGGAUACUGGAACAGUGCGACGGCGAAACAAAACGGUGGUGACACCUAAAAUGGCAAUGGAAAGUUUUCGAUUUUCUUUCCUGAAUUCAGAUGAAUCUCAGGAUGUGAAUUUCGAUGCAAUUCUUGGGGAAUUAUGUGAACUGGAAACACAACUAAGUACAACACAAUCAGAGCUCUCCCGGUCUCAUGGUCUGGGUAUGUCAUCGGGGCUGGCAAAGGACGAACAUCGAGACAGUGGCAACGACUUAGCGCAGGCCGAACUUGACGCACUGGCAACAGAAAUUACCCAGACGUUUGGAUAUCGUCAUAGUGUGCAAUAUGGUGGUGAUCAUGAAUUUCUUCAUGGAAAUUUUUUAUCAAAACAUGGAUCAUGUUCAGAUCUUACCGGUGAAACAGAUUCUGCUUUCUCAGAAAAUGCCUCACUUCCAUCUUCAGAAUCUUUUACAUCAAUGGUUACUGUAUCCUCCUCAGCAGAGACAUCUAGUGGUGGGGAUACAAGCAGCACCGCAAGUAGUGCGAGUACCAUUACGCCACUGUCAAUGCAAGCAUCGGAGGAAGAACAGAGAGCUCGUUUAAAAGCUGAAAAGAUCCGCAUCGCCCUGGAAAAAAUAAAAGAAGCAAAGAUACGAAAGCUGUUUGUUCGAGCAUUUGCUAAAGAUGGAAGUAGUAAAAGUAUUCUGGUGGAUGAAAAGAUGUCCAUCGGUCAAGUUUGUAGUACACUGGCUGAUAAAAACCAUGUCAGGGUCAACUCAAAGCUUGCAGUUGUGGAGCACAUGCCAGAUCUAUUCAUGGAGCGAAUAUUAGAGGAUCAUGAUUCCUUGGUAGAAAACAUGGUGAUGUGGACGAGGGACAGUAAAAACAAGAUCAUGUUUGAGGAACGCCAGGAAAAAUAUGACUUGUUUCGGAGACCAGAGAAAUACCUCCUUGUUAGUUCCUCAUCAGAGAAAGGAGCAUCCCUUGAUCCAAGUAAACGCCAAAGACUUAUUUACGAAUUUUUCACGGGAGGUGCCCAGGUGCCGGAGGUAGAGGGUGUAAUGUACCUGAAGUCUGAUGGUAAAAAAGCCUGGAAAAAAUUCUUCUUUGUCCUGAGGGCUUCGGGUCUUUACUAUAACCCAAAGGGUAAAAUAAGCAAGUCGUCUAAGGACCUGACCUGCCUUGUUCAGUUUGACUUUGUGGAUGUGUACUUUGGCCUUGGCUGGAAGAAAAAGUACCAUGCCCCUACGGACCAUUGUUUCGCCCUCAAGCAUCCUCAGAUCCAAAAGAAGACGUCAAAGUAUAUCCGCUACUUCUGUACGGAGAAUAAAGCUGCGUUGGACCAGUGGGUAAUGGGAAUUCGUAUUGCCAAGUAUGGAAAGCAACUUUUGGCCAAUUAUGAACGUCUACAGAGGGAAGUCGCUUCUUGGGAUACACGAGAUCUCCGAAGCAGCAUAUCUGAUGAUUCUAGUGAAACAAUUCUUAAUCUAAACACUGAGGGAAAUUUAAGUGACAGCAGAAUCUCUAUGCCAGAGCCUGGAUCACGGCAUUCAAUUGUUGCAGUGAAAAAUACAAAUUUAGUUCGUAAUAGUUCUGGAAGUGAUAGUACUAUUGUGGAGGAUGAAAUAGUUACAUUAGAAGUGACUUCGUCGUCGCAUCAUCAUCAUCAUGAACGCAAGUCUUCAUUGACAGGACAGCAUUCUAUUGAAAUGGGCGGUAUGCCAAAACAGCCAGUGAAACGUGUCUCCUUUAGCAAUACCCAUAGUGUAAUAAACGCAGACUCUGGUGAGGAGUUAGUUCAUGUACGACAUCGUGAUUCAAUCACCAGUGCAUCUACCGACUCAAGUGAGGAUUCAAAUUCAAGUGGAGAAAAUAGACACACCAUGACAUCUUCCAGGAGUAAAAUGCGUGCUAAACUUCCGGUAACAACUGGUACAACAAAACAGAUUUCUGAAAUGUACCAAACAGCAAUGGAGGGAAGUAGUGUGUCAUCAUGUGAGUCGAUGGGUCAUGAACGCAAGCCAUCGAUAACAAGUCCAGUACAAACACAAGACAAAGAGCGCAGAAAAUCUGCACCAGCAUUACAUGAAGAUCGUGUGAGGAGGCAUGAGAGGAAGGGUUCAGACGGUAGCAGAGAUAGUCGGGAUAGUCGAGACAGUCGAGACUCAAAGUCACUGUCCCAGUCUCUUGAUUAUACUGUUAUCCCCUCCACCCCGUCAUCUAAGAACACUUCCCCACAAAAUCUACAUGCCCUAAAUAAGGUGCCACCCUCCCCACCACCUCUCAAAUGUCCAACACAGCCCUACCCUACAUGUCAUCCCGUGAUACCCCCCUCCCCUUCAUCCUCUAGUCAGGUCCCUCCCUUAAAACUAAUGAUGCCAACAUCUCCAUCCCCACAACGUGAGAUGGUGACUUCCCCUCCCCCAUACCGGGAUAUGAUGUCACCUCCACCCCAUCCUCCACAUAGUCGUGACGAGAUGAUGUCACCCCCGCCCCUUCCUUAUUAUGGUAAGUCAUCCCAGGGCAGGGCCCCUCCUGUGCCACCACCCCCAUCUUCAAUAAGGAUGCCUCAGCCCUUAAUGUCACCCCCAGUGAAAUCCCGUCCUGCUCCUCCCCAGCCACCACAUCAAAACUAUCCACAACAUCCUCACUCAAAUUACCCCUCACAGCAUUUCCCCCAGCCCCCUUCUCCAGCCCCAAUGCCCUCUCCUCCAGUAUCUGCUAAUAAGAGCCCCCCACCCCCUAUGCCCCCACCUGGACACAUGACAAAACCACCAUCUCCACUGCCUCUAUCUCAACCUCCUUUGCCUCCUCCACCAACAUCCAUGCUGCAAACUCACAUAUCUCUUGCCCAAAGUAACUUUGCUGAAGCUACACCAACCUCCUUGGGUUCUGGGUCCCCAACUCCUUCAACCAUGUCAUCCCCCUCCACUCCAAAGGGAAUGGUACCCAUGCCCCCUCCUAUGCCCCUUUUACAAAACCAGUAUGUUGGAGGUCAGUCAACUUCUGGUAUGGGCCAUAUUCGUCGAUCAUCGAAGUCUGGUUCAGAGACUGUUGGAGCAUCUCCAAGUAAGGCCGCUAUCCCUGUGGCACCUCCCACACCCCCAACUAUCAUGAACCACUCUGUAUCAUCUCCUACUGUCAAAAAUCCAAAACACGCCCAGGUCAUGUCAACAUCAGACCCCAUGAUGGGCGGUAGUGGGGUCAGAACCUCUCUCCCAGAGUCUUCAUCCUCACCCCAGAUACCUCAGCAUGUUUAUGGUGGACACCAGGGGGCAUAUCAAAGUGGUCACCAGGGGGUUCAUCAAAGUGGGCACCAUGGGCCUCAUCAAGGUGGUCAACAGGUGCCCUAUUCCUCAGCUUCUCAACAGGAUAACACGAUGUAUGAUCAGAUACGUGUACGUCCAGGUCCUCAAGCACGGACCACCCACUCAUGUAAUGUACCCCCUCCACCACCACCUGUCUCUAUGGCAACACCCCGUCCCCACAGUUCUACAGGGGUCAGAAGCCAAUCCUCACACACUGAUCACAUAACCGCUUUGUCACCAACGCAAGAGGAAGGAAUAUAUGCACAGCAACAACCACUUCCAUUUCUAGCAGAACUGUCAAAGAGACCCCAUCAAAAUCGAGGCUCCAAUGGGAAAAUUCCACCAGCAACACUGCCGAAACCAACAGAUCAAAAUCAAUCAAAAACGUCUAACGGUGCUAGUUAUCAUGGAGGUCCUCAUGGGGGCCCUAAUCAUCAGAGUCAUCCCCAUGGGGAGCCUCUGUAUUCUCAUGGACAAGGUCAUGCACACCAGGGAUACUCCCAGGGGGAGCCUCACCAUCAGGGGCAACCUCACGGAGGACACCAUCACCCUUCAAAUGGACCAGCAGUGCCCCCUAGGCCAAACUCUGUCAACUCCAACAAAGGGGGAUCCACCGACAAUAAAAAAAUGUUUCCACCACCUCCCCCAAAAAGGAGUGAAACAACACGCUUAUCAACUGAACUACCAGGGCAAAGCGAGAGCUCAGUAGUGCCAACAAAUAUUGACCCCAUAUAUGAAACUUUUGAGGAAUGUGAAGGAAUGAUGGACAUUAAUGAUCUACCCCCACCUCCUCCUGAACUGCUAGCUGGGUUAGAAAACCCUAAGGAGGGUAAAAAGGGGAAACCCCCGCCACCCCCACCAAAACGCAACAAGGAUACACAGUUGUCAGUGCAAUGAUCAGAAAAGUGCUAAUCAAUAAUUGUAAUUCAUAAAUUAUGUUUAGUAUAUGUCAUUUUAGUAUAUCAAGAUGCCAACAUCAUUUUUCAAAAUCAAACUUCAUAUACUGUACCAGUCCGUCAAUUAAAGUAAGUAAUAUUCCAGAUUCAGAAAAUGUUUCAUAAGUUGGAGACAUUGUUUAGGGAUGAUUGGAUUAUCUCCCCUUACACAGACCUGCCAUAUGUUUGUUUUUCAGUGAAACAUCAGAUAACUGUCUUUCGGAAUUGUAAAAGAAUAUUAUUUACGCAUCCUGUGUAAAAUUCUUGGAUUUAUUUCUAUACAUAAAUUCCAGAAAUUAUCACAAAUGCAUCCAUAGCAAAAAGGGAAGUAUUCUGGUCUUAAUUCAUGUAAAUUUGUGUUGAAAGUGAAUUCCAGACAAAGUUAAUUACAAUACAUUAUACAUGAAUAUUGGAUUGAAGCCUCUGUAAGUUUAAGUGCUAUGUGAUGUGUUAUAUGGUAGAUCUGAUAUUAAUGAGAGAAUUCAAAUUAUGAACUGUGAAUUCUCAACACCUGGAGUUAAGUGAAAGAUAAAAAUUACUGUGUCAUUUUACUCAUUGUUCAUUUGCAUAACAAUUCAUCUUAAAUGCAAGCAUUGUAUGUUCUUUGCAUUGAUAUUUAUAGAUGGUAGAAUUGUAUGGUAUUUUCUUACCCUGGAAACACAGAGUACAGAUUUGUUAUUAAGAUUAGAUAGAGGUUUGUCUUUCCUGAAAGCAUUGUCAUUGUGUCAGUGACCUGUCAUAAGGUGUAGUGAUAGAUAACAUCGUGCUAUUAAGUAAAGAGGUAAAUUUAUGUUAAGACUUUGGAUUUUUAUUUAGAUUUCACAAAUCCUAGGAUUUGUUUAAUUGUAAUGGAAGAGGAAAAAAAAUUAAAGAAAUGAUGUCAGUGCUUUAGAUAUAAAAUUACAUGUACAUCUGUAAGAAAACAUGAGAAUUUACAAGUUGAUGGGAAACUAUUAAAAUACCAGCCACAAUUAGGAAGACAUUGUAAUAUUACUGUUGUAUGAAUGUUCAUCUGUAAUGAAUAAGGAAUCAUGUUAGUCUUGUAUAAGAUCAAUAUACAACAGUGACAGGUGUGUGUAUACAGUAAAGAGAGCACCAUAUAAUUCUACCUUACAUUUGUGAAACUGUGUGUGCUAUUGAUAGAUGUGUGCUCAUUUGCCCUGCAAUAUUUAAAUCAUUUUUUGAAAUUUUAUGUGAUGAAAAUGUUGAUGUUAGUGCUAAUAUUUUGAGUGGUGUUAAUAUACAUGUAUCCUGCAUGUUACCUGAAACUGGGUGCACAUGUGCUGACAUAGAAAACACAUGUAAACAGUCUUAAAGACAUAAAUACAAUUUUUUUCAACUUAAAUUAUUUGAUACAUUGAAAAGUUAAACACUUGUAAAGUAUUUUGAAAUCCUUAUAAACAUUUAUAACCAAGCUUAAGGCCUUGUCACUAGUUAUGGUCAGUAUUCUUGGAAAACCCAAGAAAAACUUUAUUUUAAGACUUUAUGUGAAGGACCAGGGGAGGUAACUCAGAAUCUCAGUAAGUGGUUCCUCUGAGAGUGAUGAGGUAACAUGCAGGAUGGAUGGUACCACUUUACUCAUAAAAGGGGUGACAGACAGUUCUGCAAGUUUUCAUUAUCAUCAAAUAUAUUGAUUUUAUUGUACGUAUUAGCUAUUACGAUCAUGUUUGCAAAUCUUGACAUAUUUUGAAAGUUGAGUGUAUAAGCAUAGUGUGUGACAAGGUGAUAUAUAUAUAUUAUACAAAUUAUGCAGAUUUUUGAUAUUAUAUGAACAGAUGCCGUUCGUCAAUGCAGAUAUUAUAUAUGAAUGACCAAUUUCGAUAUAUAAAAAAACUUUAAUCACUCUACAAACAGAAUGAAGGAAAGAAAUUUCCUUUAAGAGUUUUAUCAGAUAUAAAUUAGCAGCUGGUUAAUUUGUGUAGUUUAUAAAGUUGUGCAAAGAUUUCUACAGAUCAGAUGUCACUAAAGAUUGAGAAUAUAUAUAUGGUUAAAAUUACGAUCGCACUAGAACUACAGGUAGUUUCUGUACCUGUUCACACCCUGUGAUAAAUUAGUGUCCCUUUAUACACAGAACUUUGAUUAUAACAGAUGGAAGGUUAAGAUUAUGCUUUUAAAAUCAUUCAAUAAUUAGUCAUCUUUGGAAUCCUUCAACAGUUUUGUUAUAGAAUAUUAAGAGAUAUUUGUAUGCGAGUCCAGAUUUGUUUUGAUAAAAAAAACGUGUGUGCCAUAGAUAAUGUGACCCUGCAGUCAACCAGUCAAUUUAUUAUCCGAUAUUUAAAUUAUUGAUUUUUCUGUUUUUUAUGCUAUUGAUUAUGAAGAAAAUAUCUGAAGUUUUUAAUUCAUCACUGUUGUGUAUUCUAACGAUCUGGAAAAGAAUGAUGACAUCACAUUUGUAAAUUAUCAUGUCUUUAGAAGCAGAACUUUGUUCAAAUUCUUUUAUUCAGUCUAUCCUUCUGAUGAGUUUUAAAUAUUGGUUCUGAAAACUGAUAUAAAGUUCUGUACUAAGAGGGAAAAAGCUCUACAUUUUCUGAUCUGAUUCGAAAUUAAACUUUUUCUUCUUUGUGUUAAUGGCUCAUUAAGCUCUUUACUAUCAGCAUGAACAGAAAAUUAAAUCAAUAUCAAUAUUGAUAUGUUGACCGGAAGAUUCAAGUUAUUAUUCAGUAAUACUGAACUAUCAAUACAUCAGACUGUAAAGAGAAAUAUCAGGAAAGUCAGCUGAUUUAUUUUUAAAUUCUUUCUUAUUUAUAUUCAUCAUUUUAAUCAAUGACCAAUGAGAAGAAAAAAAACUUGACAAUUUUGCCAAAUGAGAAUUGUACAAAUAAGAUGCAACUUAUUUGGCAAAAGCACUUUGGGAAAUCUUAUAGAUGAAUUUUGUAAUUUACAUAUGUCUUUCUCUAAGACCAUUCUCAUACCUUGUUAAUAUGAUCAGAAAAUUGUCACACUGGAGGAGAAAACACAACAUGUUGUAUAAUUUUUCGGGAAGUUUUAUGACAAAGCAGAAUGUCUCCAGUUUUAUUUUUAUUGGGUUGAAGUUGAGGAAGUUACAAACUGUUUUUAUAAUGUGGAUACAAUCUUUUAUCAGUACUAUUUAGUUAGUAUUCACUUCAAAUAUUCAAACUGCAAACAUUAACUUACAUCUAUAUUUUAUUAUUUUUUUCUGAGAUUCAGAAGAAUUUCCAUUACUUUAUUUGAGAGUUGAUAUACUUGGUUGAAGCCAUCAUUAACCUAUACAGUAUGUAUGAGUAAAAGAUUUUACCAGAACUGUGUUGUCUUGCUAUUUUUUUUAUUCCUCGAUUCACCCACAAUUUAUAAAGAGUUGUCUCCUUUUUAAUCUCAAAACCAUGUGGAUGUAUGAUUGUUUGUGUGUGCCUAUUUCCUGUUUGUGUAUGUAUAACCACUCCAUCAAUAUGAAUUGUUUUGUUGUUUUCUUUAAGCUUUCGGUGAUACGAAAACUUGCUAGUCAAUUGGUGUUUAAUAUAUCAUUGUUAUGUGUAAAUGUAUUAUUCUGUUUGACUCAAGCUUCAAAUCAGUGGUACCAUAUAUAGCCAAACAAGUUUAACUUGCUUCUUUUUGUACCUCUAUUCUGAAGAGUUCCUUGCAUAAUUGAUUACAUUUGUGUACUUCAGUGUUGAAAUACUUCCUGUCAUUUUCAAUGUUUUAGCUUGAAUGAGAUUCCUUUUCUUGCACAAGUCCCAUAAUUACUAACGACAUAUCAGACAGUGCAUUUUCUCAUAUUCUGUCAAUUAGUUCAUUUAACAACAGUAAAUUGUUAGACCUGAGCUGGUUGUAGACAUAUAUACAAGGAAAAAACAACACUGCUCAUAUGUCUUUAUAGGUAUAAAUGAUAGAAAUAAAAAGUUAUAACAAAUUAUAUUUCAUUGUUGGAAGAAAGAAAAAUCUAUCAUUUUUAUAUUCAAUUACCAUAGCUUUACAAAUCAUUUCAUUGUAUAUGUUUGGACAAAGCUGACAUAAAUGUGAAGAUGAGUGAAUACAUUAUUAUUAUCAUUGUCAACAGUGUCUCAAAAGUUGAAUUGUGUACUCAGACCUGCCAACCCCAUGAUGGGAAAAUGGAUUCCUCUAUUACAUGGCUUGUUCCAUUUACCUGUAGGGUUGUCAGGGAGAGAGGUUGGUCAAACUUCCUCGAACUGACAAUGAUUCUGUGUAAAUGUUUAGAAACCCUAGAAAAUUUGUCUCCAGUAUACAAGAAAGUUGAAUAAAUUAUGAAUUUAAAAAUGAAUACAAA